AAUUUUAAUUCAAAACACCAUUAACCAACCAUAUCUUGUGUACAAGCUUAAGGAGUGGUCAAACUGAUUUCAUUUUAUUUGUAAACAUUGGACCAAUGUAACUCAGGAAAAAUGUUCGUGCGGUGUGAAGUUCUGUUUUGUGUUUUUGCUGCCUUAGUUUCUAGUUCUCUAGCUUUAAAUUGUUAUCAAUGUUCUGGAAGCGAUCCAGAAAAACCAUUCCAAUGCAACGAAUGGCUCAACAGCGACAAAUCCAUUCAACCGGAACCAUGUGACAACGUAUACGGGGCCAAAUAUUGCGUGAAACACAUCGGAAGAUACGAAGGUGGAAUCGGGGCCAAACGGUUCUGCUCAUCUCUGGACUUGGGUAAUUAUUGCAAUUACGUCAAAAAUCCAGGCGACACUUUGAGUUACCGCACAUGCGUGUACACGUGCACAGGGGACGGUUGCAAUCCAGCCAAUAGCAUAGCGCCUAGCACCAUGACGUACUUGAUUUUGUUGAUCAGCGUAUUAGGGUUAAGAUUUUAUAUGAGAUGAUGAUGUUUUUAUUUAUGUUUUAUACGAUUUUAUAUGUAAAUAGUGGAUAAGAUUAAAUAACAGUUUUAAACAUGUUUGUUGAAAUUUUUUUUCUUGUA